AUGGCACGCCUGCUCUGCCACCUCGUACACAAGCCUAUGUUCUUCAGGCUCCGGACGAAGGAGCAGCUCGGGUAUGCCGUCACGGGCGCAACGCACGGCCUCCUCGUCAAGAUGCAGUUCCCGCGGCUGCCGUGGGUGGUCGAAGGCCGCGUCGACACCUUCCUUGCCGGCUGCCGGGACACGCUGGGCGUGCGUUCUGGGCGCUGGUCCACGCAGGCGACUGCGAUGAGCGCUGACAUCCAUCCUUUCCUUUCCAACCGCACCCUGCUCGCCGCCGCGCACAGCCGACACGAACACUGA